AUGGCGUCGAUGUCGGCAGAAGAGGAUGCGCCCGAAAGCCCCGAUGCCGAGGACUGGCAGCCGGUCCUGUCCUUUGACGAAGCCUUUGGAGACGAGACUGGGGACAAUGCGAAGCCUUCCGUGUCCUCUCGGCGGAAACAGCGGCGUGCAGAGCGCGCGAGCAUCCGCUCCGCCCAUGAUCGGGCAGGCACCCGAGAGCUCAGAGCCGUCUUCCAGGUCCUGCAGGCCUUGCCGGCAGCUCUCCCGGGCUUGGGCCUGAACGGUGCCAGGUCAGCUCUUGGAAGAGAAGGGGGCUACAGUGUCUUUGCCUUCGCAGAGCCGGAAGCCGACGAUGCCACAGCUUCCGAGCUGCCGGCACCCAAGAAGCCGAAGGGCCGCAAGCACGCGCCCGAGGCGGCGGAGGUCGAAGCCAUGCUGGAAGAAGCGGCGGCCGUCCUGCGCACGGAUUGCCCCUAUGGUACACUCCCCGAAGUCUUUGCACCACCCGAGGGCCUUGCCAUCCUGUCUGCAAUGAUCGACCGUCCACCGAAGUACCAGGAAAAGUACCUCGGCCAGGAGUGGUCCAUCUUGACAAAGGUGUGGGCACUCGCCGGAUCUCCUACAGGAGACGAAGGAAAGGACAUAGCUGUGGUGGACAUCGGCGCCGGGAAUGGGAGCCUGGCUUUGCUGGCAGCGCUGCUGCUCGGCGGCCACGCUGUGCUCGUGGAUCACACACUGCCUCCGGAGCCGCUUCGCGUCGAGGGCCGGCUCCCGGCAGACUAUCGGCAGCGGAUCCUCCGCGUCACCGGGGAUGUGGGGGAUCUGGAUGCACAGGAGGCCCUAGAGCCCCUGCUGGCCAAGCAUGGCCUUGGCAGAGUGGUGGUGAUCGCCAAGCACCUCUGUGGUGUGGGAACGGACCUGGCUCUGAAGUUACUCCGGCGCUGGCGUCGCGAUGGCCUGACAUCGGAAGCACACCACGCAGAGGUCCUGGGAGCAGUGAUUGCAACGUGCUGCGGCCACAAAAUCGGUGCGGAGGAUGCGAGGAUCUAUCGCGAGAUCCACUCGGAGGAUCCCUACUUAUCCCGGAUCACAGGCCGCGAAAGCGAGAGCUCCGCAAACGGCACGGCGGAGGGAGCCAGGCUGGAGACCUUCCUUGGCAUCUGCACGCGCUGCGUCGCCUGGCGCACCACCGCCGGAGCAAACGCUAAUCGAAUCACUGUGAGGCAAGUCAAAGCAGCCGAGCUCUUCGAGGAUGCACUGCAAGAGCCCCGACUGAACCUGCUGCGGAGCCUCUUUCCUGCAGCGACAGAGGUGGCCUUCGUCUCCGCGAAGCAGUCGCCUCAAAACCGCUGUCUGCUCGCUGGCUCUCGACAAGGCCUUGACACGGCUCUGGCCACGGCAUCCGACUUCGAAACGCAGGAGAAGGUGCUCUCCACGCUGAUGCGAGCACGGGAUGCGCUGCUCUCGGCGUGUGGAGGUGCUCUGGACCUGCGGCCGCAUGGGCUCGUGUCGACCAGGUUCGACUAUGAUGGAACCUGA